AUGCCCGAGGUGGAACAGGGCGAAAUUGUUCCCGAGGCGUCUGGGGGCGAUUCAGUGGUUCGGAACAAAGAGCCUUCGAACUCCGCUAUUCUAGCCCUGCCGAAGUCGACGAGGCCCCCGACUUCCGUCGUGCAGAAACACGACCCGAGCCGAAAACGUUCGGCUGCUGAUAAAGGGAAGGGGGUCGCUGUUGAGAGGGACGAGCCGUCCAAGAAGAGACGGAAGCCGACGUCCGGAGAAUCCGCCGCGCGCAAGUUGGUCGUUGAUGACCCUGACGCCUCCGCCAUAAUGUUCUCGCGUGUAAAUAACGCGAACACGCGUCUUCCUCCUCCGGAGAAGUUGAGGAGGCCGAGGUCCUACGGCGCAAUGGCGCAGCGCGGGACCAAGUUUGUCGCGGCCAUUAACGAUCUAAUGGCCGAGUACGAAGCGGACCUGUCUAAGGUCGAACGUCGCUUGGCCGAGGCCAAAAUUGAGUCCGCAUCGUCGAAAACGAAGCUGGAAGAGGCUCAGACCGAAGCCGCGGCGGUAAAGGGGAAGCUGGACGAGGCGACGGCCAGGGCGUCCAGGCUGGAGGAGGAGAAGAUCGUCCUACGUGCAAACGUAGAUAAAGUCUCCGCCUCGGUCAUUCGCCUUGAGGAGGCGAGGAGAGCCAAAAGUGCCGAGGUGGCGAUGCUGAAGAGGCGUAUCGAGGCCAAGGAUGCCUUGUUUGAUGCCAAGGUCAAGAGGGCGAAAAAGGAGGCGAGGCGAGAGCUUACAGCAAAGUUUCAAGAACGCCUCGCCAAGGUGGAGGAGGGUCUGGUUCGGCUUGAAAAAGCCAAGAAUGACGAGAAUGAUCUGGGACAGAUUAAGGGCAAUCUGGCGAUGAUUGCCGACCUGAAGAAACCAGAUGCUCCGACGCUCGACGACGAGGAAGCGAAGCCGAAAAGCUGGGAAAGCGAGUAUGCCGAUGAAGGGGCGUACGAGCGUAUCGCUUCCGAGAUUCGGGGCGAACUGUAUUACUCUCCCGUUUCGCCGGACUCAGUUGACACAACCCUCGGUAACGAGCCGAUCGAAGAAACAGCGGCCAAUUUAGGCGUUGUCGACCCGAACGGCUCGAAUGCGGGCACGCCGAUUCCCUCGAACCUUCUCGCCGAUCGUGAGACGCAAUCCGCGGCAUGA